AAGUUUGUACUCCAGAUGAGCGAAAAGAGCGAUGCAGAUACUGUAGUGAAGGAUGUAGAGAGGGUUCGAAUAGUUGAACCUGUGAGUCGAACGAAUGCUAUUAUCGUUAGGGGAGCCAUUUUGGGAACAGGUCUUGUUGGGAUAGCUAUAUUUUUACGCUCAUCGCGCCUCUUCUCAAGAUUCGAAACUGUGUCACAAAUCCCUAAAGAAUUUAUAAGAAAAGAGUUUGAGUUAAAAGGGAAAGUCCGCCGAGUGCUCCCGGCCGGUGUGUUGAAAGUCGAACAUAUACCUGUCCUCGAGUUGCCUAGAGCGCUGUCUUUCAGAAGAAGAAAAGAGGUUUUUAAGCUGCUCAAUGUACGGUUGGCUGGUUUGGACGUAACAGACGCUGGAACCCACUUUCUUGAUAACGAGUUGCGACUGCAAAACAAAAAAAUAUUAUUUAAGGCAUUGAAAACUUCUGGCGAAGGGAACAAUUUUGUUGAUGCCGAUGUCACCCUUCCAAAGACUUUCUUUAUACACACUAACGUGAAUGUGGAUCUUGUACGUCGCGGUUAUGCAAAAGUUUUGGGUCCAGAUAGACUUGAUCACAAGAAGGCAUUGGAAGAAGUUCCACCAUAUUCGCGCUUAGUUUCUAAGUUGCUGAUGUCUGAAAAGAUUGCUGAUCGUCGUGGGGUAGGUAUAUGGCAACGUGAUACGUGGGUUGAGUCACUGGCAGCGUACCCGUCACAGUUUUCUCAAAUUGUGAAACAUUCUGCCCUAACACGUUUCGCGGUAUGUAUUUUAACAUACUUGGUUACAAAAGAUCUAGCGAAAGUGAGUAUUAGAUUGGCUGAACAGGGUUACUAUUUGAUGGCUGCUAUAUUCCGAUAUUUGAUUCAUGUCUACAAGGUAUUUUCGGCCGUUGUGGACAGAUCCUACGUUUUUUAUAGCAGAUUUAGGCAGAAGUUCAGAAGAUAA